CGGUAGCUGCCUUUUCAUUUACGGCAGGCAGCUUCGUUUGCGGCWGCGCGGGCAUUUCCGGCCCGGGUGCACGUGCAGGAGCAGUAGAGAAUGUCCUUUCGUGGAAGAGGAGGUGGAGGAGGAAGAGGAGGUGGCUUCAACCGUGGAGGAGGUGGCGGUGACAGAGGUGGCUUUAACCGUGGAGGAGGCGGCGGUGACAGAGGUGGCUUUAACCGUGGUGGACGAGGUGGCUUUGGACGAGGUGGUGGAAGAGGAGGCUUCAACAGAGGAGGAUAUGACCAGGGCCCUCCAGAGAGGGUAGUUUUAUUGGGAGAGUUCAUGCAUCCCUGUGAAGAUGACAUUGUUUGUAAAUGUAAAACAGAAGAAAACAAGGUGCCUUAUUUCAACGCCCCAGUGUACUUGGAUAAUAAGGAGCAGAUUGGCAAAGUGGAUGAAAUCUUUGGACAGCUGAGAGAUUUUUAUUUUUCAGUGAAACUGUCUGAGAACAUGAAAGCCUCUUCAUUUAAAAAAAUGCAAAAGUUUUACAUUGAUCCAGCAAAGCUGCUGCCCCUUCAGAGAUUUUUGCCAAGGCCYCCUGGAGAAAAAGGUGCUCCCAGAGGAGGUGGUAGAGGAGGACGUGGUGGUGGACGUGGGGGAGGAAGAGGUGGUGGUAGAGGAGGAUUCGGAGGAGGCAGAGGUGGAGGAAGAGGAGGAGGAUUCAGAGGAGGCAGAGGAGGAGGAGGAGGAGGAUUCAGAGGAGGAAGAGGUGGUGGAGGAGGCUUUCGAGGAAGAGGACAUUAAAAACGGAGCCAUGAGUAUCUCCUCGUUGUCCUACCAUGUCAUCUGCAGAAGUGAGGAAUCAGGCAAAAUUUUUUAUAAAGAACCUGAAAAUCUUUUUAUAAAGAACAUGAAGCUACAAAAGACGACUGUUUUUACACUUAAUGACUGCUAAUGGUCACAGGAGGAGAGAACUGAAGACUGCUCAAAAUAUGUCUAAACUUCUCUAACUAAGCCAGGAUUCCAUGUUUGUCUUCAACUGUUUGUUUCUGACAAGCAGUGCAGUCAAUGCUUGACUCCAUGUUGGAUUUUGGCGUAAACAGUGAAUUGAAAUGGAUUUUCAAAAGACUCUAAAGGUUCACUGCAUGCCCAUGCAUCAGGUGAACCUACAUGACCGAAGUCUAGUCCUCAUCCUCCUUUUUUAUCAGAUCUUCUGGGUAGCUCUGAAAUGGACAUUCCAUGUUUAAACAACCUUUAUGAACUGUUUUUUAUGAAUUAAACUUCAAACUUUUGUGUUGAUAAUUUUUAACAAAUACAUAAUAAUCUAUAAAAGAAAGACCGAUAACAAAGUAUAUUUUGUGAAUUUUUCUGUAUAAAUCUUAAUGAAAGCCAAAGUCAUCAUGAAAUGUUCUUAAAAGCUGCUGUCUAAUGAAUAAGACAAGGUGAAUAGUGUACUUGGAUCAUAGUACCUUUACACUGAUAUUAAAAUGCUAAGGGGUUUUAACUGGCCCUGCAUCCCCUUUUAGCCUGUUUCUCUUGAAGUUUUGAUGUCCUGGCACUGCACCUCUGUGGUGCUCUCUUCUUGUGUAGGGUGAAGAUGAAAUAGCCCAUCAUAGGGCUCCUCUGCACACAAUCCUUUCAGUUACAUAUUGCUUAGAAAGGCAUGGAAAGGUCUGCAUCAGUCUUUGGUCUCUUUAAAUGGAUGCCUAAUGAGGAUUUUGGAAAAGAUAGUGACUGUAUCUUCUUAAGGAUGGAAAUCAGGGUGACUCUCUGCUCUGGAACUUUGGAAAUAACAGGUGAAAACUAGAACCUCCCUGGAUUUCAGUUGGAGUUAGGAGUUUGUUCAAUGUCUCCUACCAAGCACUUUUGAAAAGGGAUCUGUAGAAUCAUGUACUUGUAAGUAUUUUGAACACCUUGUUCAAUGUGAAAAAGUUCAGAAUUGAUUGUACUGUUAGACUUUUUGAUUGAUGAAUGCAGUAACAGGCAGAUGAAUUGUAUUAGCCUUCUGCUUAWCAAAAGGCAACAGGUUAUUUUUCARUAUCAAGACUGGACAGUUACUGGUUGUUUUAACAAAUCUGACCAUUACUUUUAAUAAUCUGGAACAAAAUUUGGAAGAGUGGAAAACAAAUGUUAAAGGAUUCAGUUGAAUAUGAAUAGAUACUGCAUAGGAUAACAGAUAAAAUGGUCUUCAGCUUAAAAAACCAAAACACUGAACAUUGAAUUUCUGCUAGGUCUGAUUUUGUGACUAGCAGCUGAGUCUACUGUUAACCCAAAGCACUCAGGAAGUGAGAGAUUCUAGUUUWUUCCCUGAUACUGCUACAGGCCUAGCUUUAACCAGGUUACUUAAAUCCAGAAUUCUGAGAAUGACUAGGUUUUUGUUGCUAUGGAUUGCUAGGCCUAAGAGCCUUAGGGCUUUGACUUGAGGCAUUGUAGAAUUUCCUUUUGUAUAGACAAAAUUCCAAGCAAGUAAUUUCAUUUUGGGCAUUCCACACUGUGGCUGAAUGGUACGGACCAAGUGCAGCUGCAGUGUCAAUACUGCUGUCACAUUUGCAGCUGCAUCUUCUGCGCUGGGUUUCUUCACUGAUGCUUCAAUAGYUAGUUGUGGGCAGCUGGCUCAGAUCUUUCCUUAUUCUAACGUAACACAGUCCUCUCUCUUACAGCCAAAUUGAUGCUGCUCUUUGCUGUUCUUUAGGGACAUGCUUUUCCCCAGGCUGUCAGAAGGCUCCUGCCAUCCCCUGUGCAUUGCAGGGUGUGACAGGCAGUGUUUGGCUGCAGGCAGUGCUGCCCUGCAGUCCAGACCUGUGUGCUGUGAGUCUCUCAGCAGAUGGAGCAGYGAGUCAGCCUAAAGCACUGCCAAGCCAAAGCUUUGGCCUCUGUGCAGAGGGGCUAAACAGCGAUAUCCAUUGCAGCUGUGGAGGAAAGAUUGGSCUCUGGGUUGUAGGGAAUGGAUUGCAGUCCCAGUGGGGAAAUGAAUGAGGAGCAUUGUGGUGUGGCCUGUGYAUUCAAACAGUGCUGGAUGGAUUUUAUGAAAAUAUUCAGAGAAAAUUUAUAAUUCAUCUCCGUGGAGGUUGUAGGAUGUUCUUAAAAUGAAGGAACAUACGAGGACACUGUCUGGAUGUGUUUGCCAUAUAAUGGUGCCAUUUUUUUCCCUUCUCCAUUCUGGGGAAGGAUGGCACUUGGAAGAUACAUUCUGUGUUGUCUUCUCUGUGCCAUGGCAUGACCCUGCCCUACUAAAGUAAGGUGUUAACUGUAAUAGGUGAAAACUCAGUCUCAAAACAAUUAAGGUGACAUGUCUGCAGUGUAAUGCUGUAAUGAACUAAAAUAGAGGUUCUCUAAUUUGAUAUGAGACCUUAAUCUCUGUCUUGAACUUUUAAUUCAAAUUGUGCCUGUGAGUCCUGGUGCUCCCGAUCCUAUUAAGUGAAACGUGCCAGCUUUAUAUAUGUGCUUACAGAUUAUCCUGUGCUGCUCCUGCAGAGAAUAGGAAAGGGGCUCACAGGUUCCCUGACAGAAAUAGGUAUGUUGGCAAAAAUGGCAAAUUUCAAGUAGUUGUAGUGUCUGGGGAAGCAAAGUCACAGUGCAGUCUGAAGUGAGGGGAGUGGGACUAAGGUGUUGGUGUAGGCUCUGGAUGACACUUUGGUGYUCCCUGUAUUCCCCCUUACUGRCAGCCUUUGAAGCAGAUAGCUGCAMYAUCUAAAUAGCUUCUCACUGCCACCUGCUCCAGCAGCACAAAAUAGGUUGCUGUCCUGGAAUAUUCCUGAAGCUCAGGUAGGCUUCAGAGCAGCCUACUGUGCACAGUGGUACUGGUGUCACCUACCUGUGYCCUCCUCCACUGCCAUGGCUGUGUUUUUGGCCCAGGACGCUGAUUUUGAAACUGA